AUGCGCGACGAGUACAGUGCGUUUCUCACAUGGCUGCGCGAGCAGGGUGCACAAUUUCCGGAUGGGGUGUAUUUUGCGGAUGAUGAUGUGACGGGGCCCGGGCUCUUUAGCAAGGACGACAUACCAAGCGACCAAUGCAUCAUGGCCAUUCCGCAUACGCUGAUCAUGCAUCCUGCGACGUCCAAGGCGCGCAUCACAGCAGCACUGGGCUACGAGGAUGAGCAAAAGACGCUUGUCAUGCGUGACUGGAUCCUUCUGGAUCUGGUGCUUCACCGCCUCUUGGAUGGAAAAAAAUCGCACGUUGCAGGUGACCUUUUGCAGCACGCUCCCUAUGUUCGCAUUCUACCUGCCGCAUUCGGCACGCCCCUCGAGUGUAAGCCCUCCGAGAUUACUCUUUUGGAUGGGACAUCGUUGUUUAAUGGCACAAUGCAUCGCCUGCAGAAGACGAGCGAUGCGGCGGAACGAAGCAAGGCAUGGCUCGCUGCGGCCUGCGCCGUGCCGCGUCUCGCCAGCGACCCUGCAGCGGUGAUCCUCCGUACUGCGCUAGCAUCCGAUUGGCUUUCUCUUUGGCGCUGGGCGGACGACGUCUACGGGAGUCGGAGCUUCCCUGCGUCCUUUGCAGGAUGGGCAGUGCCUCCUGCGUCGCACGAGCCUGUGCUGAUCCCUGGCAUCGACUCGAUUAACCACAUGCGCGCGUACCCCGUGACGUGGGAGUAUGAGGAGGUCGACGACACCAUGCCGUGGAUGCUGGAGGAUGAGUCCGAUGGUGUGCGCGAGCCCAUUCUCGAGAGAGUACGCGAGUAUCGCCAAGUAUUGCUCCGCAAGGGUGUACAGUGGACGCAGAGCAAACUGGACCAGAUCUUGGACGAGUUGGAAGCCCUUGGAUAUACCCUAUAA